AUGUAUCAUGCCAUUAAAGAAUGGGGUGGAACUCCUUUUGGCUUUAUUGAUGAUGUGACUAUUACCGUUGAAGGUAAAAUUGAAGAAAAUACCAAAAGCUUAAGCAACAUAUUAGAAAAAUGUUGUAAUUGGGCUAAAUCAAGAAUGACCAAAAUUGAUUUGGGUGACAAAUUGGGUUUUAUUCAUUUUACAAAAAAUGUGAAACCUAAAGAUGAGAAAGUGCAACUUACUUUACCUAAUGGAGAACUUCGUGAACCCCAGAAGGAAGUUAAAUUGCUUGGAAUUACUUUGAACAAUCUGCUUGAUUUUAAAUCUCAUAUUUUGAAUAAAAUCAAUAAAGCAAGAAAAAGCUGUUGGUGCUAUUUGGCAUCUUGGUGGCGUGCAAAAGGUAUGCGAGGGUCUGCAGUCAGAUCACUGUAUAUUGCUUGCGUGAGACCAAUUGUCGAAUAUGGCUUAGAAAUUUGGCAUCACAAAAUUUUGAAAGGAGAAAUCCACAAGUUGGAAGUAAUGCAGAAUAUGGCUUUAAGAAGAAUUGUUGGUGCUUAUCGCACAACUCCUAUUGCGGUACUACAAAAGGAAGCUGGUAUUAUGCCAUAUAGUAUUAGGCUAAAAUUUAUGGUGGCACGAAAAGCUAUUCGUUUACACCUAAAUAUUAGCAAAACUAAUCCUAUUAAUGGUCAUUUGUUAACAUUGAUUGAGAAAUCUCCAAUUGCAAAGCUAACCACGCUUUACAUGUUGGCGAAAGAUGAUAGAGACUAUAUGAUUAAAAUAGAUGAAAAACGAAAAUGCAAGAGGGUUGAACCUCUUACACUGAAACAACAACAAAAUCAGACGAUUGGAAUUUUGAAAAAACAAGCAAUGGAAGAAUGGCAAGAAAUGUAUUGGAACAGCAGUAAGGAUCUGUGGUAUCAUAAUAUCACAGUGGAGUCGAAAUGUACUGAUAAUCUUUCCAAAAUGGUUACGGGAGUGAUCAUGAAGAAAGAUAGUCGAAGGAUCUUGAGUAAUAUUACUCAAUUUCGCACAGGCCAUGGCAACUUUGGCGCAUGGUUUAAAAAAGUUUGGAAUUGA